AUGAAGCCACACAAUCAACUCCUGCUGCUUGGCCUCAUCAACCUGAUUUUGAAUUUAACUUCAGCUUCAUCUGAGGACAAUGUUUUCAUCUCAUGGGCACAUUCCUACGUGGACUUCCACAACACCUCCAACUGCUGGGUAUGUGGGGCUAUGCCUCUGUGGUGGAUGGACUUCCUUGGUGGGUGUCACCACUCCACCAAUGAGAUUUUAAACCAUUCCGCUCUUUUCUGGGACAACAAAAAGAGACGUUCCUUUCUCUUGUCAAUCAUAAUCUCUCCCUGCUCUCUUGGUGUAAGCCAGACCUCCAGUCAAUAG